AAACUCCCAACCUCUCCCCCACUCUCCAUUCCCCCAACUCCUCUCUCUCUCUCUCUCUCUCUCUCUCUCUCUCUCUCAAUUGCGUGUACAAUUAUAAUGGCGAAACUAAACAAGCUGAAGAGCAUGAUCAAGCGCCUAAACUCCUCCGGCAGCAGCCGCUGCGUCUCGCGCACCAUCAGCGGAUCCUCGAUCCCCCACAACGACGACGACAGCAUGUGGCAGCAGCCGUCGGAGGAGCCAAAAUUCGGUGCCGACGGCGCCGUCAACGAGCAUUUGGACGUCGUGCCGUGCGGGCUGCACCCAGUCUAUGUCGGCAAGUCCCGGCGCCGGUACCUGGUCAGCACCGACCUCAUCGGCCACCCGCUCUUCAGCGUCCUCGUCAAGCGCUCGGGCGGAGGAGGGGGGACUUCGUCGGCGGUGAUCGUCGGGUGCGAGGUGGUGCUGUUCGAGCACCUGCUGUGGAUGCUGCGGAACGGCGACGUCCACCCGGAGUUGACGCCCGACGACCUCGUCGACUUCUACGCCUGCUGAUCAUCUCAUCGCUCUAAGGCCUAGUUUGAAAUUGCAGUGCACAAUAACUUACUUGCAUCGUGCAUUAUUAUCAAUUAAUUAGUGGUAGUACUGGAAAUUUUCAAUGGAAAUAACAAGGGGUAGUUUUGAUCGCCAUCUGGGUGCCCAGUACUUUUGGUGUGAAGCUUUUGGUGUGAAUUCAGUCUUGCUGUAAUUGUCAUGGAUGAGUUAGCCAAGUUAUAUCUAUUUAAUGGUUCUGUUUUGAUUAA